AUGUCCUUCAACUCCACUCAGUCCUACCAAAGCCACGCCGCCUCCCAUCGUCCAGUCGCCGCUUAUAACCCCAUGGCUGCAGUGAACGCUCCCGCGGGGACUUUCCUGCCGGGUACCAAGGUCCAGGUGGGAGGUCAUCGAGUCGUGGUUGAUAAGUACCUGUCCGAAGGUGGAUUUGCCCACGUCUACGUCGUUCGGCUGCCGCAACCCAUCGAUGGAGUGGACCGGGCGGUGCUGAAGCGGGUGGCCGUCCCCGACAAGGCAGCCCUGGCCAACAUGCGGACGGAAGUCGAGACGAUGAAGAAACUGAAGGGACACAAGCACAUCGUCAAGUACAUCGAUUCCCAUGCGUCUCAGCUGCAAGGGGGCGGAUUCGAGGUCUUCCUGCUCAUGGAGUUCUGCUCGGGCGGAGGUCUGAUAGAUUUCAUGAACACGCGCUUGCAGAACCGUCUGACGGAGCCGGAGAUCAUCCAGAUCUUCUCCGACGUCGCGGAGGGGGUUGCUUGCAUGCACUACCUCAAGCCGCCUCUGCUGCAUCGGGAUCUGAAGGUCGAAAAUGUGCUCAUUUCCCGCCAGGGGAGAUCCUCGAUCUAUAAGCUGUGCGAUUUCGGAUCGACCGCGCCUCCUCGUCCCGCCGCUACCACCGCCGCCGAGGGCCGUCUGAUCGAGGACGAUGUGCAAAGACACACGACGUUGCAGUACCGCAGUCCGGAAAUGAUCGACGUCUACCGGAAGCAACCCAUCGACGAGAAGAGUGAUAUCUGGGCCCUGGGGGUCCUUUUGUACAAACUGUGUUAUUACACCACUCCGUUCGAAGAGGUUGGGCAGAUGGCUAUUCUGAAUGCCAGUUUUAAAUUCCCCGCCUACCCGAUGUUCUCGGAUCGUCUGCGGAUGCUCAUUUGUGAGUUGAAACUCUGGUGCAACCUGUAUCUUGAGUCGUAUUGA